AGUUAUAGUCAACAUUGUAUAAGAUGAAUAUCUUCAAUUGGUUAUCCAAAAGAUUGUUACCACUAAAACCAGAUCCUAGAUUAGAUACAUUUCCUUUAAUGUCUUCAUGGACACCUACAGCUUUAAUUACAUUAACUUAUGUUAUUGGAGUAUAUGCUUGGAAAGUUGAAUGUUUAAAAAGAUAUGAAAAACAAUUGAAGAACAAAGAAGAGUUUAAUUCUAUCAUGAAGAAUGCUAAAUCAUUAUCGAAUAAUCUUAUAAAACAACUUAUGAUAUUAUAUAAUGGGAUAAUGGUUAUCUAUUCUGCUAUUAUUUCAUUUAGUACUAUGUGGGCUGCUUAUAAUUUAGGUUAUGGAUUAGGUUGUGUAGAGCUACCAGAUCCUAAUGAUUCUAAUAGUGAUAUAUUAGUAUGGAUUGGAUAUUUUUUUUAUUUUUCUAAACUUAUAGAAUUGUUAGAUACUGUUUUCUUUUUAUGGAGAGGUAAAAUUGAUCAAGUUACAUUUUUACAUGUAUUUCAUCAUGCAACUAUGCCACCAUCGAUUUGGUGGGGAGUAAAAUAUGCACCGGGGGGUAUAACUUUUAUGUUUCCAUUAGUGAAUUGUUUAAUUCAUGUUGCUAUGUAUACAUAUUAUGGAUUAGCAGCGGCUGGUGCACAUCAUUUAUUAUGGUGGAAAAAUUAUUUAACUAUAGCUCAAAUGAUUCAAUUUAUUAUAUUUAUUCUUCAUCAAGGUCAAUUAUUUCUACCCUCAACAACAUGUAACUAUCCUAAAAUAUUCCCAGCUGCUAUUAUAUUAUAUGCUACUGUAUUCUUAAUAUUAUUUACUAAUUUUUAUAUUAAAGCAUAUUGGCAUAAACAACGAUUAGCUAAAAGUUUAGAGAAACAUCAACAUCACCACCACGACGACGUCCACCACCACCAACAGCAACAACAGAAUGGUAGGCAACAAUUUCAUGUGAUGAAUGGUUCCAUGAAACAGAUGAAUGGUUAUGGUACUCAUAUGGAUUGAUUAAAACUCAAAAAAAAUUGUCUACCUAUCUUUCAUAAAGAAAACAGUUUUCUUCGUAACCAAGUUGUUGUUUUUUUUUGUUGUUGUUGAGGAAGAAAUUGAUUGUUUUCUUUCCCAUUACCCCCCCUCCCUAUACCAAAUGUGUGUGUGUGUGAGGGGGGUGGUGGUGGUCGUCAGUUCUAGGAGGGUUUUUUUUCUUACUUCCAUUACAUGUAUGCAUAUUAUUUAUUCAAUUAUUAUUUUCUUUUGUCAUAUAAUGAGAUGAGUUCUUUUCCAAGGGAAUCAAACUUUAUUGAAAUGACCUACUGUCAAACUGUAUGCCAAACUAUAUGUAUCCGUUACAUAAAGUGGAUUUUUGUGUAAUCCACUACGGUUUGUCAACAUUGACAAACAAGAUGGGUGAAAGGUUUUUUAUCAUCCAUCCUAAAAUAGACCACACUACACCUAUUGGAAUAUCUCUGGCUAUAUCUAUUAAUGUAUGUAUGUAUGUAUGUAUUUGUUCGUUUACAAAUCUUACUCCCCCUCUCUCAUUUAUUGUUCUUUUCAAUCUUUGUAAAAUUGCACGAAUUGUGUAUAAAUCAUUAGUAGUAUAUGUAUACAUAUCAUAAAGUAUUGUAAGUAUAUGUAUAUGUAUAAUAAAGAAUUCUUGAUUUUU